AUGGGGAUGGCGUCGUCACUCACUGCUAUGAUUGGGGCGACGACGUUUGCUAUGUCGCCUCCGGUGUACCCAAUUGUUUUGUCCGUCCUGGGGAGGCUGAAAAAAGCUGCAGAUGAAGCCAAAGCUCGGUUUGGUCACAUUGAUGGGGAUCAUCUUACACUCUUGAAUGUGUAUCACGCGCACAAACAAAAUAAGGAGGAUCCACAAUGGUGUUACGAAAACUUUGUCAAUCAUAGAGCAUUGAACUUUGCAGAUAAUGUUAGACAGCAGCUAGCUCGCAAUAUGGCCAGGUUCAACCUCAAGCUAUGCAACACAUAUUUCAAAAACCGUGAUUACUAUGUCAACAUUGGAAAGGUUAUGCUAGCUGGAUACUUCAUGCAGGUUGCCCAUCUAGAACGCACAGGUCACUAUCUGACUGUGAAAGACAAUCAAGUUGUUCACUUGCAUACUUCAAAUUGCUUGGACCAUAAGCCAAAGUGGUUUAUCUACAAUGAAUGUCUUAACAAGCAGAAAUUUCAUCCGUACAGUAACCGAUAUUCAUGGUUGGUUGACAUAGCCCCACAUUACUAUGAUUCGAUGAACUUCCCCAACUGUAAAGCAAAGCGGCAACUUGAGAAGCUGUAUAAAAAAGGGAAAAAUGUGAAGGAGGAGCGCAAGAAUAUAAAGUGA